ACCAACAACAACAACAAUAAUAAUAAUAAAUAAUGAUAAGUGAAGAAACAGUUUAAACCCCUCGCUCCUCCCAGAAACUCAAAAAUUUUCAAAAUAAUAAUAAUAGUAAUCAAGAAGAAAUUAAGAUGAAAUCAAGAAAUGAGCUAAAUUUCUUGAUAUUGUUGUUAAUAAUGAUAUUGAUGAUGACGAAGAAGAAAGUGUCAUCAUCCCAAGACAUUACCUUCCACUUGUCAUCACUUUCUCUUGAAAACCUUACUCUCCUGGGCGAUUCCUACAUCCGAAACGGCGUCGUUGGCCUCACACGCGAAACGGGUGUCCCUUCCUCAUCAUCAGGGACCGUCAUCUACAACACCCCCAUCCCAUUCUUUGAUCGCAACACCAAUUCAACCGCUUCUUUCUCAACCAGAUUCUCUUUCUCCAUCCGCAACUCAUCUGCUGCUGCUGGUGACGGUCUCGCAUUCUUUCUAUCACCCGACCGCCACAUCCUCGGCUCCCCCGGUGGGUAUCUGGGUCUUGUUAAUUCCUCACAGCUAACCAAAAACAGAUUUAUCGCAAUCGAAUUCGACACGCGCCUUGAUUUACAUUUCAACGACCCCGAUGAUAACCAUGUUGGUUUAGAUGUAGACAGUUUGAAUUCAAUCAAAACUGCUUCAGCAGGCAUUGAUCUAAAAAGUGGGAAUCUGAUCACCUGUUGGAUUGAUUACUGGAACGAUGGAAAGAAUCUCAAAGUUUUCUUAAGCGAGUCCAGUUACAAACCGUUAAACCCGAUGUUAGAUGUAGACGAUAUUGAUCUCACUCAAUUCCUUCAAGAUUUCAUGUAUCUUGGGUUUUCGGCAUCAACAGAAGGAAGUACAGACACGCAUAAUGUUGAAAACUGGAGCUUUACAUCAUUCGGGAUCCGGCAUUUGAGGACCCCUCACAAUGUCACUGAUAAUACCGUAAAUGCAGGGAUCCAAGUCCCCCCGGAUACUAGCAGUAAUCACAAGCGCGUGGGUUUGGCUGUUGGGAUUUUGGGUCCUGUUUUCUUCUGCGCGGUUCUCGUAGUUUUUGGUUAUUUCUCAAUCAAGAAACUCAAGGGGAAGAAGGACAAUAAAACAGAGAUGAACAUACAAGCAGAGCUUCUAACCGGGCCUAAACAGUUCAGUUACAAAGAGCUAAAAGCAGCUACAAAUGGUUUCCAUUCAAGCCGGAUAAUUGGUCAUGGUGCAUUCGGGUCGGUUUACAAGGCUGUUCUUGCUGCAUCUUCUUCUUCAACGGCGGCUGUGAAAAGAUCCAAACAUUCUCAUGAAGGGAAAACGGAGUUCUUAGCCGAGCUGUCAAUCAUUGCGUGUUUGAGGCACAGGAAUCUUGUUCCGCUUCAAGGAUGGUGUGUUGAAAAGGGGGAAUUGUUACUAGUUUAUGACUUCAUGCCGUAUGGGAGUAUCGAUAAAGUCUUGUAUCAACAAGAAGAGCACUGGAGUUUCUUGAAAUGGAAUCACAGAUACAAUAUAGCAACUGGGUUGGCUUCGGUUUUGACUUACCUUCAUCAAGAAUGCGAACAACAAGUGAUUCACCGAGACAUUAAAGCCAGCAACGUGAUGUUAGAUGCAAACUUCAAUGCCAGGUUAGGUGAUUUCGGACUAGCCAGGCUCAUGGACCACAACAAAAGCCCAGUUUCAACCCUAACAGCCGGAACCAUGGGGUACUUGGCUCCCGAGUAUCUUCAAUAUGGAAAAGCAACUGAUAAAACUGAUGUUUUCAGCUACGGUGUGGUGGUUCUAGAAGUGUGUUGUGGUAGGAGACCAAUCGAGAGAGAGGAGGGUGGCGGCGGUCAUAAUAAGAUGAUCAAUUUGGUUGACUGGGUUUGGGAACUGCACUCGAAAGGUGUCAUUUGUGAUGCUGUGGAUAAACGACUCAACAAUGAGUUUGAUAUAAAAGAGGUUCGGAAGCUUUUGUUGGUCGGGCUAAGCUGUGCCAAUCCUGACAGCGAAAAGAGGCCGUCCAUGAGAAGAGUGCUUCAGAUAUUGAACAACGAAGCUGCAGAGAUCAAAGUGCCCAAACAGAAACCCAUGCUCAGAUUUUCAACUAGUUUGCCAUUGAGUAUUGAGGACAUUAUGUCGUCGUCUUCUUUUGAUGGUAAAAAAGAAGAUGAUGCAAGUCAUACUAGAGUUAGAUUGGAGUGAUCUCUAAGAGUAGUGAUCUUGUGGGCUUUUCUUUGUGGUCCUUUGAUGUAUAUAAGAUGUGUAUACUUGAAUGUUGCUAGGUCAACUGUUACAAAGAUAAAACGAUGUGAAUCUUUAUUAUGCAUAGUAGGUUUUUUUUAUGAACAACCUGCGUUCUGAAUGUAUCUUUGUUUUUCUAUAUUAUCGUUUUAUUAAUUA